CGCCCAGGCCAGACACCCCCAGCGGCGGGGCAGCUAUUUUGUGGGGUGGACAUCCCCCCCACAUACCCUCCGCAGCGCUCCCCGGCAGCAAACGCUUAGAAAAAGCAAAUAGCGGGAUAAAGCGCCGGCUCCCCGCUCGGCGAGGCCAUACUCGGGUCGCCCCGCGGGGCCGGGCCACCGCCAUUUCCGUGGGGCGGGGCUGAGCCGCACCGGGGCUGGCGAUGGCGGCGGCGGGCUCAGGGUCGCGAUCGCUGCUCGCGGCGGCCGCGCGGCUGGGCUGCUCCAUGGCAGCUGCCCCCGCGGCCCGCCUGGAGAGCGUGCGGGCACUGACGGGUCUGCUGCGGGAGGCGCAGCACAGAGAAAUGGCGCAAGAAAGUAUAUUUCAGGAUCUCCUCAAAAUCCUGACCAAAGCCUUGAAUGAAAUUGAACAGGCCUCCAAAGACUCCUGUGAACUGCUGGAUUUAGACACCUGUCUGUUGCUCGUAGCAGAAUGCUUCAGAUGUCUAAGGAAUGCCUGUGUUGAGUGUGCCAAGAAUCAAGAUGUCAUGAGGAACUUGGGUCUCAUCACUACAUCUGUCCAUUUGAUCAAACUGCUUGAUGGAAUAGAAAUCAAAGGAGAACCAUUACUGACUGCUUUUCAUUGUAGCCUCCAGUUUCUUGGAAACAUUGCGGCAGGAAAUGGAGAUUCCCAGAAUAGCAUUUGGAAGUGUGCUUUCCCAGAUCUCUUCUUGACCUGCCUAACUUACAGCGAUGAGAAAAUUGUUGCCUAUUGUUGUAUGGUCUUGUUUACCUGCCUUAAUUCAGAGAAAGUGAGAGAACUACUGGAUCCUGAGAACUUGACUGUGGCUCUUCAUGUCCUGAAAGUCUACAAAGAGCAGUUGGAGUCUGAGUGGUCAUUCCUGAUUGUUACAGACCGUUUGCUGAAAUGUCCAGAGCUGGUAAAAGUCCUCUAUGCCAAACUGAGCAAUCAAGAAAGAGUUACUUUGUUAGAGCUGAUAAUGUCAAAAGUGAGUGAGAAGAACUCAGUUACCAGUGAAGAAACGAAUGUGUUCAUGAGAAUUGCUGACUUCCUUGCAAGCUGUUUCCGAGAUAAAUGUGAAACUGUACUCAAGUUAACAUCUGCAGGAGAUGCAGAAGAUGAGGAAGCCCUGGUUACAGUUCGACUUCUUGAUGUUCUUUGUGAAAUGACAUCAAACAAUGGCCAACUAGAGCAUCUACAGGCUUUGCCUGGUUUACUUGAAACAGCAAUAGAUACCCUGAGAUUAACUCAUCUUGCUGGGAAACAGGCUGUAAAUAUUUUCACUGCUACACAUGCAAUGACAGGGCAAGAGGAAAUUUCACAUCCAGCUGUGGGUUUUAAAUCUCAUCUCAUUCGUUUGAUUGGAAAUUUGUGUUACAAAAGUAAGGAAAACCAAGACAAGGUAUAUGAGUUAGAUGGCAUUCCCCUGAUCCUGGACAACUGCAGCAUUGAUGACAACAAUCCUUACACUGGGCCAUGUGCAUCAGCUCCUCAAAUCCCAUUUUUGACUUCAAAACUAGAAAACUGUGCACCAUUUUGGUACUGGAGAGCUGCUGGGCCAGGCAAGGGGAGGCCCAGAAGUGCAGUGGUGGGCAAAGCCUCCAAGGCCUCCAUGCCUCACUCAUGUGGAGGCCCGGCAGAGCUGUCCAAGGUGCUGGACCCUUGUGCCUUGCUGCUCGGGUGCGGAGACUGACAAGUCACUGGCAUCAUUAAAGAAAGAAUCAUGGCCAUUUUCAAUAGCUAUUGCUCCUGACUAGCGUGUUGCUGGCAAAAGAAAUCAAAAACUGAGAGCUUCUCUGCACUUUUCUGUGGGCUGCCUGCUGAUGUCCAUCUAACAUGGAGUAAGAAACCACUCAAACUGGAGACUGCAGCAACAAAUAAAAGUGGACCUUACAGGGUGAGAAAGGGAGUAGUUCUGGUAAUUCAAAACCAAGAGAGGACUACUAGAGGACUGCAUUAGCAUUCCAUUCGUAAAAACAAACCAGAGAGUGUGGUUAUUUAGCAUCAUUCUUUCCAGACUCUGACAGUUUCAGAUUUUUGUAACCCAAAAGGCGUCCUUUAGGAAGAUCCUUCCCUCUCCAGUUUAAGAUCAAAGCAAUAUCUACUUUCACACCAAGUUUAUUUUGGACAGGAUUAGCUACCUAUGUCUUUCUAUUGCUUUAUUAGAAUCAAAGAUAUUCUGCUGUCUGGCUCAGUGUUUUCUGCAGCCUUACAGUUUAAUAGUCAUACGUAAUUCAGAAAAUAAUUACUUAUUUUAAAUAUGUAAAUAGAAAACAAAAUAUUUAAAUCACAAUUCAUAUUUUUUUCACAUCUUUUGUAGGAAAGGUAAAAGAAGCUGAAGGUAAAGACAUUGAAAUCAAGGGCAUUUAAAAUUAAUCCCAACUUCUUUUUGCUGAAUAUUUUAUCACAAACACCAAAAACCGAUACUGCUUUGUAUGUCUUAGAGACAUCACUGAAGCUUCGUUAGUAAGAAACACUGCGUUGAACUUGGUCUUGUUUAAAUUUCAGGUGAUUUUCAUAACAUAUUUAUGCUAAACCUGAAAGUUUCCUAUCAUUUUUGAGUGAAAACAAACAUAAGUUCAGAGAAACAGUCAUGUGAAAAGGAUCCUCUGCACACCAUAGACUGUCCCUAUUUCUGAUUAGAGGCAAUGUUCAGAAGGCUUAUUUGUAAGAAAAAAGCAAAAGAAAAAAUUUAAUGUGUGCACACUCAUAAAGGGGAAGAAAAAGGGGACAGCAUCAUUAGUGAAAAGAAACUGGGAGGCAUACAUACAACUGUCUUUUAUUACCCUAUGUUCCUCAUCAAAGACCUGCGGCAAACCUCAUGUUCUGCUUUUUCUAGGCCCAUCAUGAUGGGUUCCGCCAGAAUUGCUCAUUUAUGAACAAGACUAAGAUCUCUGCAUGAAAAGCCACCUUCCAGCCUUGCUCAGAAUACCUGAGGUAAAGGCUUAGAGUAAGAAUUAUUGAAGCCCUGCUCAAUGCAAGAUAUGUCUAUUCACUCUGCCUGUGGUUUCCCUUAAUUUACUCUGAGAUUUGUUCUCAAGAAGUUUUGUUAACUCUUGGUAAAAAUGACAAAACCACUUCAUAAAGGAAUAAUGGAUGAAAAUGCCUAGCUGCCUCUUGGAAACCAGCAUACUUACUCACUAAUACCUGUGAAGAAUCUCAUUCUUAAUGUCAAGUCUUCUCACCUGGGCCAGCAGGCUUGUAUACAUCAUUUUUAUUGUUCACUGAGGACAGAGUGCAUGCAUAACGCUAUUACAAAUAACCAAGGGAUUUCACUAACACUGUCAUUAAAGUUACAGCACAUUCUUUGUCAUUCUAAACAUUUGCAUAUUGUGCAAAUCUUUGCAGGGUGGCUGAUGCUUCACUCUCUUCUACCUGCUUUGUAAAGUCUUUGUCACAGAAGUUACCACUGCAUUUAGACAGACCUUGGAACUUAUUCUGUAUUGGCAACUGCUGUCUCAGCCAACACUAAAUAUUUAAAAUUUUCUUUUUUUUUUUAGCCACAUACUCUAUAAAGGGGUGCUUCUUCCAAUUUGUGCCCUGAGCUCAUGUCUAUCUAAUGAUACCAAGAAGUGUCUGAAGUGUAUUUUGUAUUGUCUGUGCUUUCUUCUAAAUUGCAGCCAUCCAUUGUCAGCCUGCACUCCAUGGGUUAAAGUGUAUUUUGAUAUUAGAACAAGCUUUCAUUAUGUUUUCUCUCUUUCUUCCCUUCUCCCACCCCCCACAAUUUGGAACUUUAAGCUUUCUAGUUAAACUAUUAUGGUGGCCAUAAACAGGUGCGUGCUUUACAGCGGGUCUCAUUCUGUGUUUUCCAUUGGCAUCCCUGGCCUUCUGAACUCCCCUUUGCUACCUUCUUCCCCCUCAAUAAUUUUUUAUGAAUGAUAGCUUUUCAACACCCUGGGAACAGCUUGUUGGGAAAAACACUCUUCAUGGGGUGCAGUCAAAUUCUACACAUAUCUUCAAGGGAGUUUUAUGAAAGGAAUGGUACUCUGUGCUGCAGGUAUGACGUAUGCUUGGACAUCCCCCCCCUCCACCCCCUCCCCGUUUAUUCACCCCCUUCUCCCUGCCUCCAUGGUUCACUGUGACAAAUUUGCUUUUUAAUAAUGCCAGUGGGCUCUCUCACCACAGGUGUUUCUGAAUUAAAAUCCACUUUGUUUAAAAACUGGAGGCUCAUUUAACUGAGCCCCUGGUGAGAAUUGUCAGAUCCCAGGAUAGGUGACAAAAAUAGAUUGCUGGAACUCUGGAGUUGCAUUGAAAAUACCAUAUCCUAGGGGUACCAGAGGGCACUGUCACUCUUAAAACAAGUCUGCAAGUUUGAGAACCCCUAGGCAGAAUCCCUGGGAGUUGUCGUUUUUAGUGUUGGGCUUUUUUUAAUCCCUUCCCAUACCCCCCAACAUCAAGUACAUUUCCAUUCUUUCUACUGCUGAUUUGACUACUUAGAAAAUAAGUAAAAUAAAUAUAUAUUUUUCCCAAAACACUCUCUCUCUUCUUAGUAUAGUAAUAAUUGCAAGAAAUGAAUUGGGGCAGCAAAGGAGGAGAAAAAAAGCCCUUUCAUUGUGCGGGGGGGGGAAGGGGGGGGAGGGUGGAGGGUGUUAGGAUAAUAGAUAGGAUAUCCUAAAUCAUUAGGAUAAUUAUUUAUUCCUUUUUGACCAAAAUAAAGGAAAAUUUACUUUUGGAUGAUCUGAUCUUUUCCCUGCCUUCUUAGAUGUGUAUUUUUGGCAUUUUGAACACAUGUAAUGUCCUCAGAUAUUGCUUACCAAAGCACUCUGAAAUAACUAAAGGGUGGAUGGGAUGACUCAGGGGACUGGUAAUUGAAUAUGGAGCCUUUUCACAUCGAAGUCACUAGUUUGAAUCUAACCCAAGUUGCUAGCGACCUAGUGGUUACCCUCAGAUGGCUGUUUAGUGGCCUGUCUGAAGAGAGUUGGUGGUCUCCAUCCAGCUUUUCGCAAGCAUCUGUCCACAUCACAGAAACCACCAUCACAGUUAGUACUAAUAAGCAGCCUUGUUGGCAGUAUCAGUAAGUGAGGCAAAGGACUGAAUUAGCCAUUGAACUGUCUUCAGCUGUUAGAGCUGGUCUCUCCUGAAGCAGAGCCAAGGCACCAUGCUAUUGGAGUCUUGUAGCAGAAGCUUGGUUUUGACAUUGUCUGGGUUGCAUAUGCAUGUGUGUUUUGUCCCUCUGGGGAGACAAACUUUUCCUGCUCCCACAGUAUUAGUCUGUCAGCCUUGUCAGUAUUCUGCUUUUGGUUUGCUCUUCCUCUGCAGUUUAUCAAUUCCUGCGUUCAUUAACGUCUCCAUACCUGGUGGUUGGAUCAUUCAUUGAUGAGAUCAGUCCCCUAACAUCUGUGCGAAGUCUACCACAAUUAGGAUUCUUGGUAUUUCAGUCAAUUUUCUGUCAGCAGUCAUACAAGUAGGAGCUGUCAGUUGCAAGUUUCCAUACUAUCCCCAUGAUUUUGCAGUCAUCUUUUUCUGAAGCGUUUUUACAUAUUUUUUUUCUCUGCAAGUAGUUCAAUUCUGUUCUGAAGCCAAAAUAAAAUUUAGCCAUAUUGAAGCUGUGAGGAUAAAGUGGGUAAUUCCAAUGUUUUAAAAUAUGUACAGCCAAAAAAAUAAUAAAAAAUUUGCAGUGAAUAUACUGUCUUUAGAAAGUUUUAGAGUAUUACCCUCAUGUGUACUCUGAUAGGUUCACAAGUGGAUCCCAGGGCCCACAGAGGAUACCCCUUCUGGUACUAAGUUGAUUGAUGUGUAUUAUGCAUCAGACAUAUUGAUGCAGAAGUCUAUCUGUAGAAAACCAUUUGCAAGAUCAUGACAAUCUCUAUAUGUAAAUAGCUGAAAUAAACAUAGUUUACAACCUUUUAAGCUGUAUGUAAAUGUGGAAUUCAAUAUGCAUACUUGUAAUUCCAUGUAAGGUAUCAAUAGUAACACAAUUCUAACCAAAAUACAAUGUUUUCCCCCUGAAUAGUGAACUGAGCACUGUAGCAAUGUGGUUGUGAAUUUUCCCCCAAGUUUUAGUGUUAACAGUUAUUUCUGCAAAAAGAAACAAUCUCUUGAAGUAUUGGUAGCCCAAACACAAAAGCUGAAACUGAAGGUAACAGUAGUGACUGUACUAGUGUUUUUCUCUAACUUGAGUGAAAUGACUGAAGUGAAGACUGCUAAUAGAAACAAGAAAUGGAGAUUUUAAGCUUUUGAUUCCUGGUAUUUGUGAAAGAGUCAUGAAGAAUCUGUAUAUGAAGAGAUUUAUAUAUUGUCUUCAAAAGAGAAGGACAGGGAUCUUUUGGAGUCUGAUUUAGGGUAGUGCUACACACUUCCAAGUAACUAGUUAAGCCUAGUUUCUUUGUUUCUGUUCAUGCACUGAUGGAUGACUGUGUCAGACAUCACUGGGACUGAAUGUACAUUGCGUGUCUUUCUGAAAUAUGGCUUUGUAGCCUGCAUGGGGAUGCAAGGAGGCAGGUGGGAAAGCAAUGCAUUAGCUUGGGAGCAGCACAAUUGGAGUUGAAGGGCAGCCUAGCUCAGGGCUUUCUCUUCUUGUUUUAAUAAAGCCCAGGAAAUUCACUCUUGAGCUGAAUGGAAGAGGCUACUGGGAGAAUCCUGCAUUGGCUGGUAUCUUGAGCAGUCAAGAUAAAGCAAAAAAAGGUUGCUAUUUGCAAUAUGGAAAAAGUUAAUUAAGCCAAAAGAUAUUUGGAAUGAUUUUUCUGAGUUGUGAAAUGGAUGCAUAUCAGUAGCUGACAGAAGUAGAGCAUUCCACCCUUAAAGCUUAUGCAAGGAAGGAGAGCUGUACACAGCACUGCACUGAAAAUCUCUCUUAGUCUAAGUGUUUAUAGUGCUGGAGGCCUGAGGAGAUGGAGUCUUCUAAAUAAUGAUGGAGGAAGUCAUGUUGUCCUCUCAUGAAGGAGAUGGAGAGAAAUGAAGUGGAAACAAGUUGGCAAGGUCUCUCUCAUCACAAGAGCGGCAGGAAGAAGGCCUUCAAACAAACUAAAGCCCCAGGAGUGAGGCAAUCACUAUUUCUUCCUGCUCACAUUGAAUUCUUGUUCAAGGCAUUUCCAAAUAAGGGUUAGGAACCAAGCAUUGUGACCGCAAGAUGACAGUACAAUGCUAAUAAAACUGAGAUUCAUUUUUCCUUCUGCUUAAAAUAGUCUAUGUCUGGCUAUGAAUCAAAGCUCUGCUGUAACCUGCCAUACAAUAAAAUUGAAGGACACCAACAUAUACAAACCCUCCUGAAAAAAAGUAAAUGAUGGAAAAAGCAUUAACUGGCAAUUCCCGAGUAAGAGUGACUGUUGAGUUAAUGUGAUUUUAAUCAUGUGCUGCUUGUUAACCUCAAGGAAAUAAAGGCCACUAUAUGCCCGUUGUAUGAGCAUGUGGCAUACACAAAUCACAUGGAAAAAGUAAUUUAUGCAUGAUUGUACCAGUAAAAAUGAAAAAGAGAAAAAGGAGUAACAUUUCUUGGCUAAAGUGAGCUAGCCUAAGGUCAGUGGAGCUUUACUAAUCUGUACCAGUAGCUAGCCUACCUUGUCACCCAUACCCUUAAGGACCUCCUCUUUAGUUUGCCAACACUACAAUGGCAAAAGAUUGUGGGAGAUUUGUUUAGGUGUUUCACUAACAUAAAAAAAAAAUGAGUGUGACACCUAGGAGAAGACUAGAAGUGACAUCUGGGAUUAGGGCACUGCUGUGAGAGUACAACUAGCUUUGAAGUUAUGGUAUUCAACCCACUUUCACCUCAUUUGUAUGGAAUUCCAAAUACUUGGAAAACUUCUCAGUGAUGUUCUGAUUUCAAAAACUAUCCAGUAGCCUAAGUGUCCAUACCUAACAAUUAAAACCAUAACUUUGAAGGCUAGUCUUUAAAGUUCUGAGCUUCAAACACUGCCACUAGUGCAUUAUUCAUAGAUCUGUUUUUUCCCUUUGAUAUCUUUCUAUGGUGUGAUCUAUAUAGCAGAAAAGAACCCACAUCUGUCUGUUUACAACACCAUGGAAAUUCCUGUGGGCAACCAAAAAAGCCAACCACAAAUAACUGCUGGGCUACCAAUAAACAUGCUAUCUGGAGUGACUCUGCCCACCUGCCAUUGGGCAGUUUUCUAAACCAUGUUUGAAAAUAGGAAAAACCAGAUCAGGGGAAGAGGGGAAGGGAUAAAGUGAGGGCUGUGAGGAAAAGACACACUGGAAAAAAUAACCCAAAAUUAGCUACAGUAGUACAGGAUUUAUUAUUCAGUGGAGUAGGUUACAUUUGGGCCCUUAUCUGAGCAUCACAUCAUAUAACGUGAUGUAUCUCAUUGGAUCAUAUCAUUUGACUUAGAGUGGGGGCUGCGGUUUUAACUAUUUUAUGCUAAGAAGGGGUAGGUUCCUCUGAGCUCUGUCUUGUGGAGACCAGUUUUGAAAAUCAAGGAAUAAUACCCCAGACAGACACUGGGAUAGGCUUUAAAUUCCAAGUUAGUCCUAGACAAUGAGGGCUCUCUGGGUCUCUGGGUCAUUCUUUGUUAUAACAUCAGGGUUUCUUUACAUUAUUAGGGGUUUCAUUACAGAAAACAGCUGCAAUUUCCAUUGGCUUAAAAUGCUUCUCAACACAUCCAAAGAUUAAUUAAUCAAGAACUUCAUGCAUUAAAAAAAAAAAAAAAA